GCAGUUCCUUUUUCUCCGUGAUGAAACGUUUAGGAUGGUCCAAGUUUGGUGCAAUAACGUAAUGUUAUUCCUUUAUCUUCCCGAGGUCGUGAGGAAAUGAUAAGGAUAGACGAAGUUGGUCGCAUCAAUAAUGCAACGCUGUUCCAUUUUCUUCCUGAAAUUGUGAGGAACCAUUAUGGAUAGAAAAGUUUGGUCAAACAACCCAACGUACGGACGUGUAUGGAACUUCUGCCAGGGAAUUGUCCUUCAGGAGACGUCAUUCACCUGGAGACGUCCAUCAACUUCCGUCAGGGAACCGUUCUUCAUCUUUCAUCAAAGGACCGACGUGGGUCGUCGUCGCCUGGACCGAAGAGGGGUGUCGGCCGCAAGGUGGCACCCGGGGAUCGCCCCGGGUGCAGGACGCGAGAUGGCACCCGGUGAUCACCCCGGGUGCAGGAUGCGGAACGCGGCCCCCGGAGGGGGCCGCACGUCGAGGUGGCACCCGGGGAUCGCCCCGGGUGCAGGACGCGAGGUGGCACCCGGUGAUAACCCCGGGUGCAGGAUGCGGAACGCGGCUCCUGUAGGGGGCCGCACGUCGAGGUGGCACCCGGGGAUCGCCCCGGGUGCAGGACGCGAGGUGGCACCCGGUGAUAACCCCGGGUGCAGGAUGCGGAACGCGGCUCCUGUAGGGGGCCGCACGUCGAGGUGGCACCCGGGGAUCGCCCCGGGUGCAGGACGCGAGGUGGCACCCGGUGAUAACCCCGGGUGCAGGAUGCGGAACGCGGCUCCUGUAGGGGGCCGCACGUCGAGGUGGCACCCGGGGAUCGCCCCGGGUGCAGGACGCGAGGUGGCACCCGGUGAUAACCCCGGGUGCAGGAUGCGGAACGCGGCUCCUGUAGGGGGCCGCACGUCGAGGUGGCACCCGGGGAUCGCCCCGGGUGCAGGACGCGAGGUGGCACCCGGUGAUAACCCCGGGUGCAGGAUGCGGAACGCGGCUCCUGUAGGGGGCCGCACGUCGAGGUGGCACCCGGGGAUCGCCCCGGGUGCAGGACGCGAGGUGGCACCCGGUGAUAACCCCGGGUGCAGGAUGCGGAACGCGGCUCCUGUAGGGGGCCGCACGUCGAGGUGGCACCCGGGGAUCGCCCCGGGUGCAGGACGCGAGGUGGCACCCGGUGAUAACCCCGGGUGCAGGAUGCGGAACGCGGCUCCNAAUCUUCCGCUUAUAUAUCAUCUUUUUUUAUUUAUUUGA